AUGCAGAGACAGAAGACGACCGUCAAACCAACAACACAGAAACCACAGUAUAUUAAAGCUGAGAUACGACCAGCACCUGCAGGAGGAGCAGAGAGGACCAGCACCUGCAGGAGGAGCAGAGAGGACCAGCACCUGAGGACCAGCACCUGCAGGAGGAGCAGAGAGGACCAGCACCUGAGGACCAGCACCUACAGGAGGAGCAGAGAGGACCAGCACCUACAGGAGGAGCAGAGAGGACCAGCACCUGAGGACCAGCACCUGCAGGAGGAGCAGAGAGGACCAGCACCUGAGGACCAGCACCUGCAGGAGGAGCAGAGGACCAGCCCCUGCAGGAGGAGCAGAGAGGACCAGCACCUGAGGACCAGCACCUGCAGGAGGAUCAGAGGACCAGCCCCUGCAGGAGGAGCAGAGAGGACCAGCACCGACAGGAGGAGCAGAGAGGACCAGCACCUGAGGACCAGCACCUGCAGGAGGAGCAGAGAGGACCAGCACCUGCAGGAGGAGCAGCGCGUAGAGCAGGAGGUUAAAGGGGAGGUGGAGCAGGAGGUUAAAGGGGAGGUGGAGCAGGAGGUUAAAGGGGAGGAGGAGCAGGAGGUUAAAGGGGAGGAAGAGCAGGAGGUUAAAGGGGCGGUGGAGCAGGAGGUUAAAGGGGAGGAAGAGCAGGAGGUUAAAGGGGAGGUGGAGCAGGAGGUUAAAGGGGAGGUGGAGCAGGAGGUUAAAGGGGAGGAGGAGCAGGAGGUUAAAGGGGAGGUGGAGCAGGAGGUUAAAGGGGAGGUGGAGGAGGAGGUUAAAGGGGAGGAAGAGCAGGAGGUUAAAGGGGAGGUGGAGCAGGAGGUUAAAGGGGAGGAAGAGCAGGAGGUUAAAGGGGAGGUGGAGCAGGACGAGCCGGUCUUUUAG